AUGGAUGGACGGUUUAAGAAGACGUUUGGACAGCACAUUCUAAAGAACCCAGGAAUUGUGACAACAAUGAUAGAUAGAGCAAAGAUUAAGCCAACCGACACGGUUUUGGAGAUAGGCCCGGGAACUGGAAAUCUGACACUAAAGCUCUUGGACAAGUGCAAGCGAGUGGUUGCCAUAGAGAAGGACAGAAAGAUUGCAUCUGAUUUGAUAAAAAGAGUGGGCAGCAGAAAGACCAAGCUGCAGCUGCUAAUAGAUGAUGCAAUCGAAGUGGAGUACCCAUACUUUGAUCUGUGCGUGUCGAACACACCAUACCAAAUAAGCAGUCCGCUUGUGUUCAAGCUGUUGAACUAUCCGUUUAGGGCAUGCGUGCUGAUGUUCCAGAAGGAGUUUGCUGACAGACUCUGUGCCACAGCAGGAACAAGCAACUAUUGCAGACUCUCAGUCUCUGUGCAGAUCCGAGCAACAGUGACGCAUGUCAUGAAAGUCUCAAGAAAGAACUUUAGGCCGCCCCCCAAGGUAGAGUCAAGCAUCGUGCGCAUAGAGCCGCGGAGAAACAAGCUGGACAUAGACCUAAACGAGUUUGAUGGAAUGCUAAGGAUCUGCUUCAGCCGAAAGAACAAAACAAUUGGAUCAAUAUUCCGGCAGAGUACCAUAAAGAACCUUCUCUUCCAGAACAGAGAUAAAAUAGCAGACAUUCCCGAAGAAGAGGACACAAACAACGAAACAGUUAUAGAAGAAAAGACCAAAAUAACACCUCAGGAGGAGGAAGUGCUAAACAAAGUGCUGGAGGAAAGUAAGCUGGAGAAAGAAAGAGCAGCAAAAAUGAUUGUCGAGGACUUUCUGUUCCUUCUUAUUAAAUUUAAAGAAGCUGGUAUCUCCUUUACUGCAUAG